UUAUUUGACAUAGUUAACCUACGCUAACGGCAGCCUGUUUGCCCCAGCACAGGACGAGGGAAUGGGCUAGGCUGAAUCAAGCACUCCUGCGUGAAGACAACUUGUGUAUGUGGCUCUGAAUGCAACACCACCACUGGCAUUUGUAUUUUCUGCUCUCCUCCAUCUAACCUCUUCUCCUCCUCUCUCCCGGCCCCUGGGUCAGGGAAUGUGCCAGCCCCGGAGAUGCCUUACGUGGAUCGGCAGAACCGGAUCUGUGGCUUCCUGGACAUCGAGGAAAACGAGAGCAGUGGGAAGUUCCUGCGCCGCUACUUCAUCCUGGACACCCAGCCGGGCAGCCUGGUGUGGUACAUGGAUAACCCUCAGAACCUGCCCAUUGGUGCGGACUGUGUUGGCUCACUCAAACUCACAUACAUCUCCAAGGUCAGCGACGCCACUAAGCAAAGACCAAAGGCAGAGUUUUGCUUUGUCAUCAAUGCUGGCAUGAGGAAAUUCUUCCUCCAGGCCAAUGAUCAGCAGGACCUGGUGGAAUGGGUGAAUGCUCUCAACAAGGCCACCAAAAUCACUGUGCCAAAGUCAUGUAAUGCCCAACAGAAUGUGGAGAACCAGAAAGCUCUUCUGGACAUCCUGGGACCCAAGAAGCAGGUCUCCUACAGGACUGACAUCAUUGGGGGAGUUCCCAUCAUCACCCAGACGCAGCAGGAAGGGGGAGAGGGCCAGGAGGGUUCGGAGCGUGAGUUGCUGCGGAGGUCGUACAGCCAGCUGCCAUACUUCCUGGGCAGGCCGACCCAGGACCGGGCGGUCAUCAAGUCUGGAUACUGUGUGAAGCAGGGAGCUGUGAUGAGAAAUUGGAAAAGAAGAUAUUUCUUACUGGAGGAUAACACCAUGAGUUACUUCAAAUCAGAUCUGGAGAAGGAGCCUCUGAGAAUGAUUCCAUUGAAGGAGGUCCACAAAGUUCAGGAGUGCAAACAGAGGAUUUGUAUUUCCAGUGACAUCAUGAUGAGGGAUAAUCUCUUUGAGGUCGUCACCACUUCUAGGACUUUUUACAUCCAGGCUGACAGUCCAGAGGAGAUGCACAGCUGGAUCAAGGCUGUCUCUGGUGCCAUCGUAGCCCAGCGGGGACCUGGGAGAUCUGCAGCCACAAUGCGGCAGGCCAGACGGCUGUCAAACCCCUGUAUACAGAGGUAUACGGCCCGAAUCGGGGAGUGCAGCACUCUCCUGCAGCUGUGUACCUGUCUUAGAUGUCUCACAUCCUGCCUGUCUCUAGUUCUACCUCCUGUCCGCUGCCUGAGCACUGUGGCCGUUCCUCCCCUUCCACAUUCUACCGCAGCCAACCGGGGCCCCCCGUCCCUCGCUCGCCCAUAUCUGCAGUGCCACCCUACCCAGGGUGCCCUUCUGUCGCGGGCAGUGCACACUCGGAGCCUUGCGUGGGACAACGAGCACUUCAUGAGCCUCCUGCCGCGACCCAACCACGCCCGACUGUCCCUGCAGGAGACACGCCUGUCCAAGUGACUGCCGACACUGCCCUCGAGUCGCCAUGGAGACGGCGCAGCAGCUUCGAGCCCUACCCACCUGAACCCCCCCUUGACCUGGACGCUGACGACUUGCCGGUCAGCGAAGUCUGACCCAUGAACUAGCCCCACACUACCCCAUAACCUGGCAGAGGGGGUGGGCUACAGAGUAGAGGCUGUAUGACAACGGGGGAAAUGAGAAGAAUGCUUUUGAAUAUCUGAGAGUAGCUGAACAGUGGGCUGCUUGUCUCAUUUCCACCAAACUGAACAGAAGUCAUCUGGAUGGAAAUGACAGAAAGCAGGCACUGAAUUCCAAGCCAAUGUUGGUCUGUAUAAUGUGUCUGACUUCCAACCAUCUCAACCCCCUGUUCGUGAAGCUGUUAAUCUACCCCAGUUAGUCAACCCUAGUCACAUUAGAGUUGGAGGUCACUCAGACAAUGAGACAGGGGGGUUCUGUUCUCUCGUUUUCAUUGUUAGGCAUCUACUCAGUGGUCAAGGCAUGUGGACACUCACACGAAGUCCUGGAAUUCGCUGUCUCUGUGUGGGCUGGGAGGGUGAGAUUCACACUGAACUCUACACCAAAGAUUCCGCGCUAUUUGCCAUUGUCUCCCACCUGCUUGCUCUGUUCUUAUUUAAUAGGGUUAAUUCAGUUUAGAAAACGUUUUUAUGUUGAUUUAAAAUAUACACACCGAGUGUACGAAACAUGAGGAACACCUUCCUGAUAUUGAGUUUCAUC